AUGUUCCAUUAUUAUGGAAGAAAGAAGAAGAGCACCAUUAUAGAUGUGUUAAAGAGUAAAGUCAUCACAACACAAAUAUUCAAGAGAGAUGAUAAAGAUUAUCAAUUAUCAAUUGAAAGGUUAAAGAUUGGCCGUGACAGAGUGAACAACCUAGAGGCACAAAAAAUCUUAAAGAGGAUGAUACGAUAUAAAGGCAGAGAGAUUAAUAAUAGUGUAGAUGUACAAGAUUAUAUGAUUGCAAAGUUUGCAAUGCCAUAUGACUAUAUCAAACAUUAUCUGCCGAGUACAAUGCACCAGAUUAAAGAUUGGUAUGAUGAUGUGAAUGAACAUUUUCAAGUGUAUCAUAGAACAUUGGCAAUCGAUAGAUACGUACAACACCCAAAUGCAACAUUGGAUACAUUAAAGAAACUAAUCGAUUGGCAUCCAAGUUUCAAACCAUCAAAUGUAUCGGUUGAAAAGGCUGCUUUACAAGGUCACAUUGAAAUCAUUCAAUACCUUGACACCAACUAUCCUCUCCAUCUUCCUCUUCAUAUUCCUCUCCAUCUUGAUCAACAUCAUAUCUACUCUUUAAAUACAUUUCAUAAUGCAGCAAAGAGUGGAUGCUUAGAAUUGGUCAAGUUUAUUUGGUCUAGUCCAAGAUUUGACCAACAAGGCGCAAAGAGUCAUUUAGCAAUCUAUGGUGCUAUUGAAAACGAACAUUUACAAGUGGUAGAGUGGUUAUAUAAACAUGCACCGUCUACUCAACAUGCCGCUGAUCAAUGGUCAUUCUCUGGAAUGGAGUUGGCUUGUCAGAAUGAUCAUCUAGAUGUCAUCCAAUCGCUUGAUAAACACAAGAGUACGAUAUCAGCUGGUGCCAUUUACACUCUAUGCGCCUAA